AUGAAGUCUGAUAUAGCGGCCGGUAUGGGUCAACAAAUUCAAACAGCUGCCAAAGGCCUAGUACCACAAGGAUCAAACGUUAACCAACCAGACAAAAAUGGAAACACUCCCUUGCACAUGGCCACACAAAGUGACAAGGAUAAUGACGUUGGUUUUCUCAGAAAGCGUGGGGCUGAUGUGGAGAAGAAUGGAGAUGGAUUCGCACCCUUACAUCUUGCUGCAUCGUAUGGAAACCUUGAAGCAACCAAAGUAAUAGCCAGUAAUGGAGGAAAAGUGGAAAAAGAGGACAACACAGGCUACAGCCCAUUACUCAGCGCUGUACAGAAUAACCACAAGGAUGUAGUGCAACACUUCCUCAGUCAAGGCACCAGUGUGAAUAAGGUCAAUAGUAAAGGAUGGACACCCUUGUACGUCGCUGCCGGUUAUGGCAAGAUUGACAUGGUGAAAUACCUGAUCAGAGAAGGAGCCGAUGUACAUUGUACCCAGGAAAACAAUUUAUUGCCUUUGGCAAACGCUUCAUCAGUGGGUCAUGUAGAGGUAGUAAAGUACCUUGUAAGUCAAGGAGCUGAUGUGAAUAGGGUUGAUAAUAAUGGUUACAGUGCAUUGCGUGGUUCUGCUGUCAGUGGUCAUAUUGAGGUUACCAAAUAUCUGAUUAGUCAAGGCGCUGAGGUGAAUAAGGAAGAUAAUGAGGGUUGGACUCCUUUGCAUUCUUCCUCUCAAAAAGGUUAUCUGGAUACAUGCAUAUAUCUGAUCAAUCAAGGAGCUGAUGUAAAUAAAGCAGAUAAUAAUGGUUUCACUCCAUUGCACAGUGCUGCACGUAAAGGUCAUCUUGAUGUCAUCAAAUAUUUGAUCAGUCAGGGAGCCGAGGUAAAUAAGGCUGAUAGUAGGGGUUACAUCGCAUUGCGUGAAUCUGUUUUUAAUGGUCAUAUUGAGGUCACAAAAUAUCUGCUUAGUCAGGGAGCUGAAGUGAAUAAGGGAGAUAAUGAGGGCUGGACUCCAUUACAUCUCGCUGCUCACAGACGACAUCUGGAUACGUGUGAAUAUCUGGUCAAUCAAGGAGCUGAGGUAAAUAAAGGAAUGAAUGAUGGUUGGACUGCAUUACACACUGCUGCUCAAGAAGGUCAUCUCGAUACAUGUGAAUAUCUGAUCUAUCAAGGAGCUGAUGUCAAUAAAGCAGAUAAUAAUGGUUUUACUCCAUUGCACAGUGCUGCACUUAAAGGUCAUCUUGAUGUCACCAAAUAUUUGAUCAGUCAGGGAGCCGAGGUAAAUAAGGUUGAUAGUAGGGGUUACAUCGCAUUGCGUGAAUCUGCUUUUAAUGGUCAUAUUGAGGUCACCAAAUAUCUGAUUAGUCAGGGAGCUGAAGUGAAUAAGGAAGAUAAUAAGGGUUGGACUCCUUUACAUUCUUCUUCUCAAGAAGGUUAUCUGGAUAUAUGUGAAUAUCUAAUCAAUCAAGGAGCUGAUAUCAAUAAAGCAGAUAAUAAUGGUUUCACUCCAUUGCACAGUGCUGCACUUAAAGGUCAUCUUGAUGUCACCAAAUAUUUGAUCAGUCAGGGAGCCGAGGUAAAUAAGGUUGAUAGUAGGGGUUACAUCGCAUUGCGUGAAUCUGCUUUUAAUGGUCAUAUUGAGGUCACCAAAUAUCUGAUUAGUCAGGGAGCUGAAGUGAAUAAGCAAGAUAAUAAGGGUUGGACUCCUUUACAUUCUUCUUCUCAAGAAGGUUAUCUGGAUAUUUGUGAAUAUCUAAUCAAUCAAGGAGCUGAUAUCAAUAAAGCAGAUAAUAAUGGUUUCACUCCAUUGCACAGUGCUGCACUUAACGGUCAUCUUGAUGUCACCAAAUAUUUGAUCAGUCAGGGAGCCGAAGUAAAUAAGGUUGAUAGUAGGGGUUACAUAGCAUUGCGUGAAUCUGCUUUUAAUGGUCAUAUUGAGGUCACCAAAUAUCUGAUUAGUCAGGGAGCUGAAGUGAAUAAGCAAGAUAAUAAGGGUUGGACUCCUUUACAUUCUUCUUCUCAAGAAGGUUAUCUGGAUACAUGUGAAUAUCUAAUCAAUCAAGGAGCUGAUAUCAAUAAAGCAGAUAAUAAUGGUUUAACUCCAUUGCACAGUGCUGCACUUAACGGUCAUCUUGAUGUCACAAAAUAUUUGAUCAGUCAGGGAGCCGAGGUAAAUAAAGUUGAUAGUAGGGGUUACAUCGCAUUGCGUGAAUCUGCUUUUAUUGGUCAUAUUGAGGUCACCAAAUAUCUGAUUAGUCAGGGAGCUGAGGUGAAUAAGGGAGAAAAUGAGGGCUGGACACCUUUACAUCUUGCUGCUCACAGAGGACAUCUGGAUACGUGUGAAUAUCUGGUCAAUCAAGGAGCUGAGAUAAAUAAAGGAAAGAAUGAUGGUUGGUCUGCAUUACACAGUGCUGCUCAAGAAGGUCAUCUGGAUAUAUGUGAAUAUCUAAUCAAUCAAGGAGCUGAUGUAAAUAAAGCAGAUAAUAAUGGUUUCACUCCAUUGCACAGUGCUGCACGUAAAGGUCAUCUUGAUGUCAUCAAAUAUUUGAUCAGUCAGGGAGCCGAGGUAAAUAAGGCUGAUAGUAGGGGUUACAUCGCAUUGCGUGAAUCUGUUUUUAAUGGUCAUAUUGAGGUCACAAAAUAUCUGCUUAGUCAGGGAGCUGAAGUGAAUAAGGGAGAUAAUGAGGGCUGGACUCCAUUACAUCUCGCUGCUCACAGACGACAUCUGGAUACGUGUGAAUAUCUGGUCAAUCAAGGAGCUGAGGUAAAUAAAGGAAUGAAUGAUGGUUGGACUGCAUUACACACUGCUGCUCAAGAAGGUCAUCUCGAUACAUGUGAAUAUCUGAUCUAUCAAGGAGCUGAUGUCAAUAAAGCAGAUAAUAAUGGUUUUACUCCAUUGCACAGUGCUGCACUUAAAGGUCAUCUUGAUGUCACCAAAUAUUUGAUCAGUCAGGGAGCCGAGGUAAAUAAGGUUGAUAGUAGGGGUUACAUCGCAUUGCGUGAAUCUGCUUUUAAUGGUCAUAUUGAGGUCACCAAAUAUCUGAUUAGUCAGGGAGCUGAAGUGAAUAAGGAAGAUAAUAAGGGUUGGACUCCUUUACAUUCUUCUUCUCAAGAAGGUUAUCUGGAUAUAUGUGAAUAUCUAAUCAAUCAAGGAGCUGAUAUCAAUAAAGCAGAUAAUAAUGGUUUCACUCCAUUGCACAGUGCUGCACUUAAAGGUCAUCUUGAUGUCACCAAAUAUUUGAUCAGUCAGGGAGCCGAGGUAAAUAAGGUUGAUAGUAGGGGUUACAUCGCAUUGCGUGAAUCUGCUUUUAAUGGUCAUAUUGAGGUCACCAAAUAUCUGAUUAGUCAGGGAGCUGAAGUGAAUAAGCAAGAUAAUAAGGGUUGGACUCCUUUACAUUCUUCUUCUCAAGAAGGUUAUCUGGAUAUUUGUGAAUAUCUAAUCAAUCAAGGAGCUGAUAUCAAUAAAGCAGAUAAUAAUGGUUUCACUCCAUUGCACAGUGCUGCACUUAACGGUCAUCUUGAUGUCACCAAAUAUUUGAUCAGUCAGGGAGCCGAAGUAAAUAAGGUUGAUAGUAGGGGUUACAUAGCAUUGCGUGAAUCUGCUUUUAAUGGUCAUAUUGAGGUCACCAAAUAUCUGAUUAGUCAGGGAGCUGAAGUGAAUAAGCAAGAUAAUAAGGGUUGGACUCCUUUACAUUCUUCUUCUCAAGAAGGUUAUCUGGGUACAUGUGAAUAUCUAAUCAAUCAAGGAGCUGAUAUCAAUAAAGCAGAUAAUAAUGGUUUAACUCCAUUGCACAGUGCUGCACUUAACGGUCAUCUUGAUGUCACAAAAUAUUUGAUCAGUCAGGGAGCCGAGGUAAAUAAAGUUGAUAGUAGGGGUUACAUCGCAUUGCGUGAAUCUGCUUUUAUUGGUCAUAUUGAGGUCACCAAAUAUCUGAUUAGUCAGGGAGCUGAGGUGAAUAAGGGAGAAAAUGAGGGCUGGACACCUUUACAUCUUGCUGCUCACAGAGGACAUCUGGAUACGUGUGAAUAUCUGGUCAAUCAAGGAGCUGAGAUAAAUAAAGGAAAGAAUGAUGGUUGGUCUGCAUUACACAGUGCUGCUGAAGAAGGUCAUCUGGAUAUAUGUGAAUAUCUAAUCAAUCAAGGAGCUGAUAUCAAUAAAGCAGAUAAUAAUGGUUUCACUCCAUUGCACAGUGCUGCACUUAAAGGUCAUCUUGAUGUCAUCAAAUAUUUGAUCAGUCAGGGAGCCGAGGUAAAUAAGGUUGAUAGUAGGGGUUACAUCGCAUUGCGUGAAUCUGUUUUUAAUGGUCAUAUUGAGGUCACAAAAUAUCUGCUUAGUCAGGGAGCUGAAGUGAAUAAGGGAGAUAAUGAGGGCUGGACUCCAUUACAUCUCGCUGCUCACAGACGACAUCUGGAUACGUGUGAAUAUCUGGUCAAUCAAGGAGCUGAGGUAAAUAAAGGAAUGAAUGAUGGUUGGACUGCAUUACACACUGCUGCUCAAGAAGGUCAUCUCGAUACAUGUGAAUAUCUGAUCAAUCAAGGAGCUGAUGUCAAUAAAGCAGAUAAUAAUGGUUUUACUCCAUUGCACAGUGCUGCACUUAAAGGUCAUCUUGAUGUCACCAAAUAUUUGAUCAGUCAGGGAGCCGAGGUAAAUAAGGUUGAUAGUAGGGGUUACAUCGCAUUGCGUGAAUCUGCUUUUAAUGGUCAUAUUGAGGUCACCAAAUAUCUGAUUAGUCAGGGAGCUGAAGUGAAUAAGGAAGAUAAUAAGGGUUGGACUCCUUUACAUUCUUCUUCUCAAGAAGGUUAUCUGGAUAUUUGUGAAUAUCUAAUCAAUCAAGGAGCUGAUAUCAAUAAAGCAGAUAAUAAUGGUUUCACUCCAUUGCACAGUGCUGCACUUAACGGUCAUCUUGAUGUCACCAAAUAUUUGAUCAGUCAGGGAGCCAAGGUAAAUAAGGUUGAUAGUAGGGGUUACAUCGCAUUGCGUGAAUCUGCUUUUAAUGGUCAUAUUGAGGUCACCAAAUAUCUGAUUAGUCAGGGAGCUGAAGUGAAUAAGGAAGAUAAUAAGGGUUGGACUCCUUUACAUUCUUCUUCUCAAGAAGGUUAUCUGGAUAUAUGUGAAUAUCUAAUCAAUCAAGGAGCUGAUAUCAAUAAAGCAGAUAAUAAUGGUUUCACUCCAUUGCACAGUGCUGCACUUAAAGGUCAUCUUGAUGUCACCAAAUAUUUGAUCAGUCAGGGAGCCGAGGUAAAUAAGGUUGAUAGUAGGGGUUACAUCGCAUUGCGUGAAUCUGCUUUUAAUGGUCAUAUUGAGGUCACCAAAUAUCUGAUUAGUCAGGGAGCUGAAGUGAAUAAGGAAGAUAAUAAGGGUUGGACUCCUUUACAUUCUUCUUCUCAAGAAGGUUAUCUAGAUACAUGUGAAUAUCUAAUCAAUCAAGGAGCUGAUAUCAAUAAAGCAGAUAAUAAUGGUUUAACUCCAUUGCACAGUGCUGCACUUAACGGUCAUCUUGAUGUCACAAAAUAUUUGAUCAGUCAGGGAGCCGAGGUAAAUAAAGUUGAUAGUAGGGGUUACAUCGCAUUGCGUGAAUCUGCUUUUAAUGGUCAUAUUGAGGUCACCAAAUAUCUGAUUAGUCGGGGAGCUGAGGUGAAUAAGGAAGGUAAUGAGGGCUGGACACCUUUACAUCUUGCUGCUCACAGAGGACAUCUGGAUACGUGUGAAUAUCUGGUCAAUCAAGGAGCUGAUAUAAAUAAAGGAAAGAAUGAUGGUUGGUCUGCAUUACACAGUGCUGCUCAAGAAGGUCAUCUGGAUAUAUGUGAAUAUCUAAUCAAUCAAGGAGCUGAUAUCAAUAAAGCAGAUAAUAAUGGUUUCACUCCAUUGCACAGUGCUGCACUUAACGGUCAUCUUGAUGUCACCAAAUAUUUGAUCAGUCAGGGAGCCGAAGUAAAUAAGGUUGAUAGUAGGGGUUACAUCGCAUUGCGUGAAUCUGCUUUUAAUGGUCAUAUUGAGGUCACCAAAUAUCUGAUUAGUCAGGGAGCUGAAGUGAAUAAGGAAGAUAAUAAGGGUUGGACUCCUUUACAUUCUUCUUCUCAAGAAGGUUAUCUGGAUACAUGUGAAUAUCUAAUCAAUCAAGGAGCUGAUAUCAAUAAAGCAGAUAAUAAUGGUUUAACUCCAUUGCACAGUGCUGCACUUAACGGUCAUCUUGAUGUCACAAAAUAUUUGAUCAGUCAGGGAGCCGAGGUAAAUAAAGUUGAUAGUAGGGGUUACAUCGCAUUGCGUGAAUCUGCUUUUAAUGGUCAUAUUGAGGUCACCAAAUAUCUGAUUAGUCAGGGAGCUGAGGUGAAUAAGGGAGAUAAUGAGGGCUGGACACCUUUACAUCUUGCUGCUCACAGAGGACAUCUGGAUACGUGUGAAUAUCUGGUCAAUCAAGGAGCUGAGAUAAAUAAAGGAAAGAAUGAUGGUUGGUCUGCAUUACACAGUGCUGCUCAAGAAGGUCAUCUGGAUAUAUGUGAAUAUCUAAUCAAUCAAGGAGCUGAUAUCAAUAAAGCAGAUAAUAAUGGUUUCACUCCAUUGCACAGUGCUGCACUUAAAGGUCAUCUUGAUGUCAUCAAAUAUUUGAUCAGUCAGGGAGCCGAGGUAAAUAAGGUUGAUAGUAGGGGUUACAUCGCAUUGCGUGAAUCUGUUUUUAAUGGUCAUAUUGAGGUCACAAAAUAUCUGCUUAGUCAGGGAGCUGAAGUGAAUAAGGGAGAUAAUGAGGGCUGGACUCCAUUACAUCUCGCUGCUCACAGACGACAUCUGGAUACGUGUGAAUAUCUGGUCAAUCAAGGAGCUGAGGUAAAUAAAGGAAUGAAUGAUGGUUGGACUGCAUUACACACUGCUGCUCAAGAAGGUCAUCUCGAUACAUGUGAAUAUCUGAUCAAUCAAGGAGCUGAUGUCAAUAAAGCAGAUAAUAAUGGUUUCACUCCAUUGCACAGUGCUGCACCUAAAGGUCAUCUUGAUGUCACCAAAUAUUUGAUCAAUCAAGGAGCUGAGGUGAAUAAAGGGGAUUAUAAUGGUUGGACUCCAUUACACAGUGCUGCUCGGAAAGGUCAUCUUGAUGUCACCAAAUAUUUGAUCAGUCAGGGAGCCGAAGUAAAUAAGGUUGAUAGUAGGGGUUACAUCGCAUUGCGUGAAUCUGCUUUUAAUGGUCAUAUUGAGGUCACCAAAUAUCUGAUUAGUCAGGGAGCUGAAGUGAAUAAGGAAGAUAAUAAGGGUUGGACUCCUUUACAUUCUUCUUCUCAAGAAGGUUAUCUGGAUAUAUGUGAAUAUCUAAUCAAUCAAGGAGCUGAUAUCAAUAAAGCAGAUAAUAAUGGUUUCACUCCAUUGCACAGUGCUGCACUUAAAGGUCAUCUUGAUGUCACCAAAUAUUUGAUCAGUCAGGGAGCCGAGGUAAAUAAGGUUGAUAGUAGGGGUUACAUCGCAUUGCGUGAAUCUGCUUUUAAUGGUCAUAUUGAGGUCACCAAAUAUCUGAUUAGUCAGGGAGCUGAAGUGAAUAAGGAAGAUAAUAAGGGUUGGACUCCUUUACAUUCUUCUUCUCAAGAAGGUUAUCUGGAUAUAUGUGAAUAUCUAAUCAAUCAAGGAGCUGAUAUCAAUAAAGCAGAUAAUAAUGGUUUAACUCCAUUGCACAGUGCUGCACUUAACGGUCAUCUUGAUGUCACAAAAUAUUUGAUCAGUCAGGGAGCCGAGGUAAAUAAAGUUGAUAGUAGGGGUUACAUCGCAUUGCGUGAAUCUGCUUUUAAUGGUCAUAUUGAGGUCACCAAAUAUCUGAUUAGUCAGGGAGCUGAGGUGAAUAAGGGAGAUAAUGAGGGCUGGACACCUUUACAUCUUGCUGCUCACAGAGGACAUCUGGAUACGUGUGAAUAUCUGGUCAAUCAAGGAGCUGAGAUAAAUAAAGGAAAGAAUGAUGGUUGGUCUGCAUUACACAGUGCUGCUCAAGAAGGUCAUCUGGGUACAUGUGAAUAUCUGAUCAAUCAAGGAGCUGAUGUCAAUAAAGCAGAUAAUAAUGCUUUCACUCCAUUGCACAGUGCUGCACCUAAAGGUCAUCUUGAUGUCGUCAAAUAUUUGAUCAAUCAAGGAGCUGAGGUGAAUAAAGGGGAUUAUAAUGGUUGGACUCCAUUACACAGUGCUGCUCGGAAAGGUCAUCUUGACAUGUGCGAUUAUCUGAUCAGUGAAGGAGCUGAGGUUGGAAUGGGAGAUGACGAUGAUUGGACCCUCUUUAGUGCUACUCUAAACGGUCACCAAUUCAUCACCAAAUAUUUGAUCAGUCAAGGUGCUAAGGUGAAUGAUAGAUAUAGUAGUGGUCGAACUGCUUUGCACAUUGCUGCUCAGAAAGGCCAUCUUGAAGUCACCAAGUGUCUCAUUUGUCAUGAAGCUGUGGUCAAUAAAACCGAUAAUCAGGGAUGGACCCCCUUGCACGUUGCUGCUGAAGGCGGCCAUUUUGAUAUAUGCGAGUACCUGAUUGGUCAAGGAGCUGAGGUUAAUAAUGUGGAUAUGGAUGGCUGCACUGCCUUACAUCUUGCUAUUGAAGGAGAGCACCUCGAAAUCACCCAGCAUUUGCUUUAUCAAGGAGCUGAAGUGAAUAAAGAAAAUGGCCAGGGUCACACAGCAUUACACACUGCAGUUAAACAUGGUUGCUUCGAUUUUGUUAAAGUCCUCCUUUCAGGAGGAGCAUGUUGUUCAGAGGACACUACUGGUCAGACACCCUUACGUCACGCAUUGACUCUCGGGUUCAAGGAUAUAACCGCUCUACUCAUUGCUGAUUGGAAUUCAAAGAUAUCCAAUGAAUACUACAAUGGUGCGUUACCUCCUGAGAAGGCCUUGGUGUUUUAUCUUCUUGACAAUGGAGCCAGAUUAGAUAUAAAGGACGAGGCAGGCAAUCUACCAAUCGACUAUGCUAAGGAUCAUGUGAUCCAUCAGAUGAUCUUGUUAAGGUCACCUAUAGAGGAUAUUGUAUAUUCAAAAGAUGCACCACCAAGUACUUUUUAUCGUUCCGUUGGAGCCAAAUCAUCUAACAACCAAAACGUUGAUUUAAGAGACCAUGACGUGUCAAUCUUUAUCCCUCCUGGCGCUGUUCUCCAUGAUGACAAGGGUGAGAUUACCCUUACAGUCUUACAAGAGCUCCCCGCUAUCGACCUCCAAGAAGAUGAAUCAGUGGCUUGUUACGGGAUCAGAUGUGAUCCUCCUAACAUGAUGUUCAACAAAACUGUUAAGAUCAGGAUACCACACUCUUCAGUGGUCAAUAAUCCAGAAUUAGUGAAGCCGGACAUCGUUUCUCGGGUAUGGGACCCUGUUAAGGACCUACCAGUAACUUCGCGAAGAAGAACAUCCAACUCAUCGGACGAGCCACCAUACUGCAAAGUGUUCAAGAGACACCUCGAGCUCUACAUCACACACUGCGCUUACUGGUGGGUUCUGAUUCCUCUAGAACAACAGGUGAUUCGACAGAAACUUCUAUGCUCUCCUUACAUCCCAGACAGCAUAGAGAGAGGACAAGAUGUUGACAUUCAUCUUCAUGUUCAUGCCAACCUACCAGGGAUGGAAGAGGUGAGGGACAACAUGUUGCAUAGGAUAGAUGGUUUUGAAGUGUGUGAGGUGAAUGGGCAUUUAAAAGUAAGGGAGAUUCAAAGACAGGAGGAAAAGAGGUUGUACAGAAAGGCUCAUAUUCCAGUUCCAUUCAACAUUGCGACAAAAUCAAGUGAUGUUAGUGUGGCAUCCUUUCGUGAUGAUGGAAAUGAAAGCAGAAGAAUGUUAUAA